CUCUCAAUGACGAAAUCCCGUUUCCUUUUCCAGGGAACGGACGUCUCGCGAGGAGUGGUCAGACUGGCAUAUGCAAUGUUUUGAGAGGAACGUGGAGGAGAGCGGAGCGGAGGAGCGUCCUCGGCGCAGAGAAACGCUUUAGCCAGCGAGUAAAGCACCGACCACGACUGCUGACUCCGGAUCCGUAGCGGCUGUAAGACACCGCUGAGGCGGGUUUAAAUGUGCUGAGUCUGGCUCUUCUCCCCGCGUCUCUCCGGCGGCUGAGCUCCAGGAUGCUGCCAUGGUGAACUAAACACAGCCCGGCGGGUCUCCCCCUGACCGGGGGGAGAAAGCUGCUUCUCUCCCUCUGUACAGUUCACCACAGGAGACAGCGGACAGGCCCCGACCUCACUGCCUUCUGGAAAUUAUGGAAAAUGGAUAAACUCACCAUUAUUUCAGGAUGUUUGUUCCUCGCCGCCGAUAUCUUUGCCAUUGCCAGUGUGGCGAACCCGGACUGGAUCAACACUGGAGAAGCAGAAGGUGCCUUGACGAUGGGGCUUGUUCGGCAGUGCCAGACAAUUCAUGGACGGGAAAAGAUAUGUAUGCCACCACGUCUUCCCCCAGAAUGGAUCACCACUCUCUUCUUCAUUAUUAUGGGCAUCAUCUCUCUCUCAGUUACAUGUGUCCUGCUGGUGCUGUCACACUGGCAUCAGGAAACAACAAAGUACGCCCGCUGGAUUGCUUUCACGGGAAUGGUCUUUUUUUGCAUGGCUGCCCUCAUAUUUCCAACUGGAUUUUACAUCAAUGAAGUUGGAGGACAGCCUUACAAGUUGCCUAACAACACAGUUGUGGGAUCAUCUUAUGUACUUUUUGUUUUAUCAAUAUUUUUCACAAUUGUUGGACUAUUGUUUGCUGGAAAGGUGUGUCUGCCUGGCUGAAACAUCUCUGCAAUUGAUUUGCUUGGAUUAUAAAACAAAGGUCUCUCUUUUUCUUGGCGGAAAGUUGGUGUUCCUAGAAGACGACAAACUUAUCCCAUGAAGAUUCAAAGAAGAGAUUAUACAGUAUUUUACUCACACUGAUGAGGCCUGGUGGAUAGGUCACUGUCUGCACAUAUAGUAACAGAACAGACUAUUGUAUUAACUAUUGUUUUUUUGCAUUGGUUUUGAAAAUCAGCUCCUCACAUGAUCCUUGCAUUGAGAUCACAUUUGUUUAAGGGAUGCCACUGAUGUUAAUAUGGUUGGUUGGUCUAACUGAGGCAGGGGUAUACUGUAAAAUGUGCAAGGCCUUAAUGGUUAGUAACCUUAUCUGAGAUGAUUAAAUUUAAGUUCAUUGUUAAAUGUGUGCUUCACUGGGAUAAUAAAAGAUGACUUCACUUUGAUGCCUGACAACUGACCAAUAGAAUGAGUUACACACUGUACAAAUUUGAUAUUUUUUGUUUUGUUUGAAGUAUUUCCAUUUAGUGUUACCAUAUUGGUUUACUUGAGAUGUCAUAUUCACAGUUUGUUUCCCAGUCAUAAUUUAAAUCAUAAACUCAAGACAAAACAUUAAAGAAUUCUGCAUAGUCAAAAAAGGUUCUGAAGGACUUUUAGCAGUGCUGGUACUGUGUACUAUGUAACCUUAUUUUAUAUAACUGGUAUAUUCAAUGGUUCAUGAAAGAUCCAUACACAACAGUUUAUCCAAAGAGAAGAAUCAAUUAAGCAUUCAAAUUAUUGGUUGGGUUGUAAUGGUUUUAUAUACUCUGAUCAGCCGCCAUAAAAAAAAAUCAUCACUUGCCUAAUUUAGCAUUGCUCUGCUCAUCUGAGCCUUUUGUGACCAAGACCCAGUUGCUGGCACUUAAUAAUGGGAACACCCCACAAAAUCUGCCUGAUAAUUUGGAGAUGCACUCCAUGUAACUCAGUCAUCUAGUUAUUGAUAUUUGGCUCUUAAGUGUUUCAGAUUCUUAGUUUCAGAUCCCACUCCUUGACAGUAACCAAAUAAUUAAAGAUAGUAACAUCACUGGUCAUAAGGUUUAAUAUUGAGGCUGAUCAGUGUAUAAUUAUUACCUUUACUGGAGGACCAGAAACCCCGAUUUUACAGUCCACUAUUUGUUCACAUGCCUCUUUUAGCUACCAGAUUGGGUCAACAAGUUGAGCAAAGACUAAAUUAAUGCACAUAAAAAAAUUCUAUACAUAUGUCUGAUGAAUCCACAAGGACAAAAACAAUAGGAAAAUAGGUAAACUGAGAAGGACUGACCUAUCAGAAUACCCUGAAACAGCUAUCAAAUCAUAGAUGAGAGGAUGUUAGAGGUCUUGAAACAAUGCCAGUGGUGUUUUCAAUCCAUGUAUUGUUUUUGUGUUUAUUAUUACUAUUUUUUUUAUUGCUUGAUUUAUAUAUGUUGUAAAUGUGUAUGAUCUUUCAGGAUUUCUAUAAAUGCACCGAUACUGAUUGUAAAAUAAGUUUUUUGUUAAUAGUUCUACAUUUCCAUUCCUUAGGGUAGUCAUUUCAGAUGGACAGGAAUGAUGCAAAGUACAUAUUCUUGUAUUCUGCGGUAUUCUUUAGGACUGCUUUAGAAAGCACUGUGUUGUACAUUGUUGUAUGUUACUUUUCUGUGAUUUAUUACAAUCUGCCAUGUAUUUUUUUUUUCCUUUUUCAGCUCAGUUUAUUUAAAACAACACUUGAUUAAG